AUGGCCCCUGGGCCAACUGUACUUUCGGGCAAUAAAUUUGCGGUGCUUGAAAAAGCACCUCAGUCUUUGCCCGAAUCCAAUGUUAGAAAAAGAAAGAAAAACAAUAACUCUACCUACAUAGAACUCGACAAAACAGUGCAAAUAAAUUCAACCCUUCCCGACCCAAAAUUCAUAGUCAUUUCUUCUAGUGAUGAAAAAAAACCUCUAUCUUCUAUAAGUGUAUUUCUACUUAAAAAAGCCAUUGAUGGUAUUAGUACCGCGUACGAAAGUAUAACGGAACUACGUGACGGUAGCCUUCUUCUCCUUGCAAAAUCCGCCAAAAUAGCUAAUCUUUUCCUGUCCAAAAAACACCUGGCUAACCUUUGUCCAAUCUCCGUUAAACUACAAUCCAACCUUAAUUCUUGCAAAGGUACAGCAUACGCCAAAUGCCUAAUCAAUGUGCCAGAAGAAGAGAUAAUUAGUGAAAUGAAAUGUCAAGGCGUAACCGAGGUAUACAAAUUUAAAAAAACAACACCUGACAAUAAACAAGAGGCUACCGGUCUAAUUCUAUUUACUUUUGAUCGCUUCCGCCCUCCCUCCACCGUUGAUAUUGGCUGGCACAAAGCAAAAAUAGAGGAAUAUUUCCCUAACCCCAUGCGCUGUCGCAAAUGUCAACUCCUCGGCCACACCACCAAAAGAUGUUCUUCUUCAGAAAUUUGCCAAAACUGUAACCUUGCCCCCCAUCAACCAGAAAAUUGCACACGCAUUUCAUGCGCUAACUGUGCCGAAGAACACCCAUCAUCUUCCAAAUUGUGCAAAGAAUACAUCAAGGCCAAAGAAAUUCUCAAAAUUAAAACAAUCAACAAAUGUUCAAUGGCCGAUGCAAAAAAAAUAUACAAAGAAAAAAAUCCGAUUCAAUUCUUUUCAACAACCUACUCCUCAGUUUUACAAAACUCAUCAACGUCAAGUAAACAAAACACCACCACGGGUUCAACCUCUCCACCCCAGUUGCUUCCCAGCAAUUCUUCUUCCGAUCAAGCUACUAUUUCUACUUCAACAAACAACACAUCUAAGCAAAAUCUUUACAACCAAUCUACCACAAUAAUUGAUUCACCCCCACAAACAAAUAAUAGCGAAAAAACUAUUAAACAAAAAAACAAUAAACAACUUCCUCAUACUUCCCCACCCGCGCCAAUAAUACCUGCCCGCACCAUACAAAAAUCUACUUCUACGAUUUCUCCUCCAAAUACGAUAACUGACUCCACACCCACACCAACUUUUAAUAAAAACAACAAAUACACUCAUACUAACUCUCUCUCUCACACACACUCUGUCGAGACUACUCAGUCUCUUACACCUUCUAGCUUCCCAUCUCCUCUAACAAAUCUAACAAACACACUUCUCUCACAAAACCUAUACUACCAACCUGGUAAUCAUAUGGAACAAGAUGAUGAUUCAACCUAA